UCUUGUAAUUCAUACGCAGUAUUGUAAUUAAUGUUCAAAGUUACUGUGCGGAUUGGAAUAUCUCCUAAACUUAGUGUGAGGCGUAUAAUGAGAGGCGCCGGGAUCAUAUUGAUCUGCGCAAUAACACUUACAAACGGAUAUGUAGUAGACAUAAACAGGAAUGGAUGUCCGUUAGAUUACUCCGUGGAACGGUUAUUUGAGCACGAAUAUUGUAAUAAAUUUUAUCAAUGCACAAUAGGAGAGUUAGUAGAACACACUUGCCCAGAAGAUUUACUUUUCAACAUUGAAAAAAACGAAUGUGAUUGGCCCCAAAAUGUUAUUUGCGGUAACAGGGUAAUACCAGACAAAGACGACAGCAAUCAAGAUGUCGACACGGACGGUGACGAAAACAGUGGAAAUUGCAAUCCAAGCGAAGCUCCAAGCAUUUGUGCUACCAAGGAUUCUGAUGGCAUUUUAGUAGCUCAUGAGAACUGCAAUCAAUUUUACAAAUGUUCCGAAGGAGUUCCUGUUCCAUUGAAGUGUUCGGCAAAUCUAUUAUACAAUCCUAAUAAGGAAAGAUGUGAUUGGCCAGAAAAUGUGAGUUGCGGUGACAGAGUAAAACCAGACUGUUCUAAUGAUGGCAAUGAAGGACAAGUUGAAGAUGAAGCUGGUGGAGAUAAGGGAACUUGCAAUUGUAACCCUGGAGAAGCAGCAUCCAUUUGUGCAGCACCAGAUACUGAUAGUAUUUUGAUAGCCCACGGAAACUGCAACAAAUUCUAUAUUUGUGCUCACGGUAAACCCGUUGCAAUGUCAUGCCCUGCUGAUCUAUUAUACGAUCCUUAUAGAGAACAAUGUUGGUAUCCUGAAGAGGUCGACUGUGGAGAUAGAGUAAUCCCCGAAGACAAUGGAAAUGGCGAAGGCGGCGGAGGCGGCGAUGGAGGCGGAGGAGGUGGCGGUGGAGGGGGAGGUAAUGGGACCUGUAACUGCAAUCCAGCUGAAGCACCAUCGAUAUGUGCUGCAAAAGAUUCUGACGGUAUUUUAAUAGCACACGAAAACUGUAACCAAUUUUACAAAUGCGCUCACGGAGUACCAGUAGCGUUGUCUUGUCCAGGAAAUCUGUUUUAUGAUCCAUACAGAGAGCAAUGUUGGUAUUCAAGUCAAGUGGAUUGUAAAGACAGAGUAAUACCAGAACAGGACAACAACGGAGGCGGCGGCUGUCACUGUUCUCCACGUGAAGCGCCAUCUAUUUGCAGGGCCGAGGGCUCUAACGGAAUUUUAAUUGCCCAUGAAAACUGCCAUAAAUUCUAUCUAUGUUCUAACAAUGUUCCAAUUGAAAUGUAUUGUCCCGCUGAUCUGUUAUACGAUCCUUAUGUAGAAAGAUGCGGCUUCCCAGAAGAUGUCAUCUGUGGUGAUAGAGUGUUUUAAUUAUACUAAUAUUCCUACUGUUUGGUAAAUUAACGGUAACUAAACGUACCUUUUAAAAGAUGUGAUUGUAAGAAACUAUUUUUGUAAAAACUUUAACUUUUCUUAUUUCCAAAGAUGUUUUUAUGUUUAUAAAUAUAACUUAUUAUUUAUAAAUAAGAAUAAAAUAAAUUACAAACCAAAAAUACAAAGGUUGUACCGAACACUUAUAGACUCUGAGCUUCCGUCUAAUUUUUUAUUAAUUUAAGUUAGUUUUAAGUUAUUAUUAUAACAUGAAAUUUAAUUUAUAGUAUAAAAUAAAAAAAU